CAGCGCCGGAGUAGUCGACGCCGCGUCCCACCGCGUCGCGUCGGAGCAGCUCGGGAGCGGACGGAAACAGCCGAUCAGUCCGCGGCGCGGCGCGUGAGUGUCGUGGUGUCUGCGCAAACCGUCGCGCGCUCUCCAGUUUCUUGUUGUUGUCGGCGAGCGCGCCUCACCGCCGUGACUCUGUGCUCUCGAGUUUCGGGCAAGUUUCGUUGAAGUUUUUAGCGACCAUGGCGACGAGUUACUCGAGAACUGGAUUGCACGUCCUGUUUCUGUGCGCCAUCUACCUCACCACAGAGGCGACCUUCACGGUGGAGCUGGUGAUGCCCCGGUACGUGUACCGCGGCCGGUCGGCCGUGCUGCAGUGCAACUACAGCGUGCACCUCGACGUCAUCCACAAGGUGGAGUGGCUGCGAGGCGAGAAGAAGCUCUUCCAGUUCAUACGCGGCCGGUCGCCGCCCUUCAAGGAGCACCACGUCCACGGCGUGCACAUCGACAGGAACCGCAGCGACGAGCGGCAGCUGGUGCUGAGGGACGUGCACUUCAACGCGCAGGGGCCCUACUCGUGCGAGGUGUCCACGCUGACGCCCAUCUUCACGCGCCGCUCCGAGGAGAAGGAGCUCACCGUCAUACAGCCGCAGACGCGCGCGCCCGUGGUGCGGCUGAACCGGCCCCACUACCGGCCCGGGGACACGCUGAGGGCCAACUGCAGCUCAGGGUCUGCCAAGCCCGCGCCCCACAUCGUCUGGAUCGUCAACGGCGCUUCCGAGCACGGGGGUCGUCAGAACGACUCGUACCAUCCGGGCGCGGGCGGCGGCCACCUGUCGCGCUCGACGUCCCAGCUGUCGCUGCUCAUCACCGAGGACCACGCGGGCACGCUCACCAUCACCUGCCGAGCCUCCGUGCCCGGAUUCGUCAUCGGCCCGCAGCGCGACAUCGUCGACACGCAGGAGCACACGCUCAAAGUGGAGGUGGAGGUGCCCCGCCAGGCUAGCUGCGCCAGCUGCGGCUGCCUGCUGGCCUCGCCGCUGCACUUGCUGUGUCUGGUCGCCCUGCUACACCGAUGACCUCUCUACGUCAAUUAGCAGCUCGCAAUCAUAGCUAGCGAACCUUUUGGAUGAUGCAAGUGUCGUUUUAUUUGUAUUUUUCCAGACGUGGUUAGACGUAUACAUUUAUACAUGGAUGGAUGUAAAUACCCGGCUUUUUUAUAACUGGAGCUUACUAUAUAAUUUUAAUAAUCGGCGGGAAGAACAUAACUUUUUACAUGUAAAGCAUUCCUGCGUGAUAUACAGUAAAAGGGUGGUUCUUCUGAGCAUUUACAAGGUAUAUCUUUCACGGUUCCAUAAAAUUUCUCCAAAGGAGAAACAUCCUCAUCCGAAGGAAUACGUAAAAGUUUCUGCAUAAGGGUGAGAUUCUUUCUUGCUCGAGUAUGACGAUACGGAGCCUGUCGCUUUUAGAAUUGUUGAUGUGAAUAUCUUUUGCUACAAACUGUCUUCUGUAACACUGACUGUCGUUAGGAACUAAUCAGACGAGCUUAAUCUGUCAAUUCCUGUUGUAAUUUUUAGUUGUUAACCCGGAGAACAAUCAAAAAAAUGCGUCGUCAACGUCAGAGAAAAUUUCAGUUCCGUGCGGUUUAUAACAGCAGCCGUAUUCCGAGAAAGAUUUUGUAAAGUUUUGCUUCACUUUUCUGUCCGUAGGUCACAUACAGUCAUGCCAUCUUUUACACCACACACUUCCUCUUUUUCGCAUAUUAGUGUCAGUUGAGACGUCAAUGAACCAUACCAGUUUUACAUACGCUUGAUCGGUUGCAGUUAUUUCAUAUGUUGCUAAAUGUUGUCACGAAACAAAACGUUUCUCACUUUUGUGCAACACGUCACCAUUUUAUGAACUUUCUUAUGAUCGUAGACGGAAUAUAAAAGAGGUCCAUGUACCAGUUAGCUACUUACAAGCUGACCGCUUCUGCUAGUCCCCACUGAUUUUGCCCAGAUUUGUCGUAUAUGCAGGGCUUGGGCAGUAAUUAAAGUAACAGAAGUAAGAACUCCAUUUGGCCAUGCGUUUAGAAAAAAGUGGAAUUUUUGGCGCGACUCGGACGAGGCAUGAACCAUUCGUAUGACAAAAGGAGUCCAGGCACCAGUUACCACAGCGGGAAAAUUACACAACGUUAAUCCCAGAGCUCUGGCGUCGAGUCCCUAUACAUAGUUUAUUUUUCUGUUUAGUUAGUACAUACUGCAGAUAAACUGAAAUAAUGCUCAAUAUGAUGUUUUUAUUGAUAUUUUCACAAAAUAGGAGGGCAAACAACCUCACGAAGAAAGGAUGCCGUAUGCCGUCGUGAAGUACUAAAGU